UUUCCCUGCUGCCUUCAAUCCCUGACUGAGCAAAAAAGGGCUUCCUCUGCAGGAAAGGAAGGGAAAUGUCUGGGAGCUGGGGGGAGGAGGAGGAGGAAAGCCGGGGCCGGCGGAGCUCGGCGAUCAGAGGGAGACGUGGGGAGCCGAUCGCAGCUCUGCGCUAGAAUGGGGCUUGGGGAAGGAGCAUAGGUUCAAGUAGUCACCUCCACAGCCAAAGAGUCCCUGCUGACCCCCUCCGCCCCCCACCAUCCGCGCAACCUUUUGCGCGCCCAACUGCCUCCCACAUCCACCCCCCCUUGAUUCACACUCAACUUCUCGUCGUCGUCGUCCCCCCCUCCCCGCCCCCGGCCCCGCUGGCUCGGGGGUGCCUUCCUUGACUGGCCUGGGAUCCAGAGGGUGGAUUUGUGUGUGUGCGUGUGUGUGCGCGCGCGUGUGUGUGUGUGCAAGGGGGGUGUGGGGGGCAGAGAUUGAGAGAGCUAGAAAGCAAGAGAGAAGACCCAGUAGGACGAUGAUCUGAGAAGAGGGCGAGAGUCCAGAGGAGAGUUGUGUAUCCGCUCUUUGGAAGAUGAACAACGCAGAUUUGCCAAAGCCACCGCUAGCACCAAAGCCAAAGAUUGCUGGUCAUCUUUCUCCAGUAGCUAUCUCUAAGUUUCCUUCGUUACCACGGCCUGAUAUUCUUCAGAGUCCAAACUCUAUGUCUAGAGGACCAAAACCGCCCAUAGCCCCCAAGCCCAAACUGGCAGCAGAUGAGGGGAGAUGCAGCGUAUACAUGAAUAAUAAUCUAAACAAAUGCAGUAAUGGGAAAUUAAUAUGUCCUGAUGGAGAAAUAUAUGAAAGAAAUCAGUGCAACACAGAGUGCUCAGAACCUGAGGCUGACGAUGAGUAUAUCGUGGUUCCUGGAUCUCUUCUGGCAGAGGAAGACUACAAGGUCCUUGCACACGAACAGCACAAAUGUUACGUAGAGAAUGAGAGUGCAGCAGCUCCAGAAGCAUCGGAAGAGGAGGAAAAAAAAGAGGAGGAUCCCAGCACUGCUAACGAGGGGGAUGACUGUAGUGCCAAAGCGACGGAAGCUGAAGAGGACCCACUGGGAGUGCCCGGUGCUUCCAAGGAGCAGGCUCAAACUGUAGUCGCUGAUGGGACUGACAGACCUAGCCAAGGGCCCCUGGUAGCACGUGAAGCCCAAGACCCUGGGUUUGAAGACCCAGGGGAUGUGGAUUGUGAAGAUGACCCAGGGCAGAAAGAAGAGGAGAAUCUGGUCAAGGACAACAAUGAGUACAACUUAGAAAACAAGAAGAUUUUGAAUGGUAGCGAGGAUCUGAAGGAUAGUGUCUGUGAAGAUAUUAUUUUAACACCAAUAGCAAUAGAUGAACCAGAAUCUAAUGUAGAGAAACCAGGAGACGAACAACAACUUUCAAAUGUCAAAGAUGCCAAUGGAGAAGAGAAUGCUGAACCCAUAGCACUGGAAAAUUAUGAUCUUACUCAUUUAGACGUACCGCCCGCUGAAGAAGAAGCCCAAGUCGGGGUAGACAGGCAUGUCUUAAAAGCCACCAGUGAGAUGGUUCCGGAAGAUGAUGAAGCAGCCUCAACCGAGUUGGAUCCCGAAAGCCCAGAGAGGGAGAAUGAAGUCACCCUGGCAGAGGGAGUCGAUGAAGAUGGUGGCUACCAAAACAUCGAGGUGAAAAAUAGCGAAGUAACAGACACAAACCUUGACUUGAGGGAAGACUCUCAAGUAGAUGAAGAUGCAAUGAGGGAAGAAACUGCUGAUGACAACUGUCAAAUUAUUCCUUUUGAGAAUGAAGGGAGUGACGAUCUUGUGGAAAAUUCCUAUGAGUUUUUCCAAACUGAAAGUACUUCUUUCUGUAGUGAUAAUUACUCAUCUUUUCUGGACUCAGCUAAGGAUUCAGAAUCUGAGCUCCAGCUGGAUUCAGGGGCCAGGUCAGGGGCUUUUCCUCAAGGUGACUGUGAAACUGAAGAUGCUCUGAAGGAAAACCGUAAAGUCGUUGAAUCCGAAGAGGAGGUGGCUAUGUCCAAAGAACACGUGAACCGUGAAGUGGCAGGUGUGGGGAGUGGUAAAGAAAAGACUCAAGAAAAUGAGGGUGGUGAGACCCUAUUAAUUCCCAACGUCGUCGUCAUGUCAGAGGGAGUCAGCGAAGAUGAAACAGUCGAAAGGACGCACACUAAGACCUACGGGAUGGGCAGUAGUUUAAUCUGCCGGGCUGACAAUCCGCUUCUUGGAGACUUGGGGCAUCCUGAAACAGGAGAGAACUUGGCUGGUUCUUACAACGUAAAAGAAGAAAUAAAUGCUGAUGCCGACAAUAACUUGCUGCCUACUGAUCGAAAAAGUAUCAUCACCAGGUCCCGAUCUCACUCUGGAAAGGUUCCUGGGUAUGUCCCUGAAACGGUUCCUGAAGAAACCGGACCAGAAGUUGACCUGCCAAUCUUAAACCAUGAGCGUGCGGCUGGAGAGAUAAGCAAGAACCUCCUGCCAGUUGAGGGCAAACCAUUAGAAAUCAGCAGGGCCUUGCCAGCCAAGCCCAGGCGCUUCAUUUUAUACCCUAGGUCUUUCUCAGUGGAGGGAAGGGAUAUCCCAGUCUCUGUGUAUAGGGAAGGUGAUGGGUCUCUGCUGGAUGAGAGCCGAAUCAAGAGGAAAGAGGACAAUCUUUCCCUACCUUGUGUUAUUGGCUCUUCAGGGAGCUUCUCCCAGAGAAGCCAUCUACCCCCUAGCAGCAUGUCAACUCCAUCUUCAGUGGUUGAUAUCCCACCUCCUUUUGAGCUGGCUUGCAUCACCAAAAAGCCCAUAACAAAGAGCUCUCCCUCACUCCUUAUAGAGAAUGAGUCCCCCGAUAAGUACACCAAGAAGAAGAAGUCUUCUUUUAAGAGAUUCCUGGCCCUGACGUUCAAAAAGAGGACUGAAAGUAAGGUUCAUGUGGAUGUCAAUGUUUCUUCUUCCCGGUCCUCUUCAGAAUCCAGCUACCAUGGGCCAUCGAGACUCAUGGACAUGGACAGGAGGAGCUUAAGUAACUCUCCUCAGCUGAAGACGCGGUCUGGGAAGCUCCGAGCUUCUGAAUCGCCUUCUGCUAUCAUAUUCUACAAAGAUGGCAAGAGGAAAGCGACACCUUUUAGCAGAAGUGUGUCACGAGUGGAGUCAUUCGAGGAUCGCUCCAGGCCUCCUUUCAUGCCCCUUCCCCUCACAAAACCUCGCUCUAUUUCAUUUCCCAAUGCUGACACUUCCGAUUAUGAGAACAUCCCAGCUAUGAACUCAGACUAUGAAAAUAUUCAGAUUCCCCCUCGCAGGCCCACCAGGGCAGGAACCUUUACAGAGUUUUUUGAAGAUCCCAGCAGAGCACUCUCCACAGCAAAUGAAAAUGAUGGCUAUGUGGACAUGAGCAGCUUUAAUGCAUUUGAGAGCAAACAGCAAGCUUCAGACCAGGAAACAGAAAGUGCCUACACAGAGCCUUACAAGGUUUGUCCCGUUUCCGUGAUCCCCGUGGAAGAUAUCACAUCUGACGAGGAACAGAAAAGCUCAGAAGAGGAGGAGAGCUGCCAGAGAGAUCCCAGCCUCGUCCCCAAGAAGGAUGGACAGUCCAGAGCUUAUAUCAUCGCUCAGGAGCUAGUGUCCUCGGAGAAAACAUAUGUGGAGAUGCUCCAGCGCUUGCAUAUGGUGUUCUGUGGUGCUGUCCUAAAAGUAUUGGGUGAGGAGAACGAGGAGGAAGAAGGUGUGCCGGGAACAGGGAAUCUGAAGUUGGGCUUGAAUGAGCUCUCCAGCAUCUACGAACUGCACCAGGAGAUCCUGGAUGAGCUGGAGGCCAGAAUACAGCACUGGGAAGAACAACCGAAGCUGACUGACGUUUUCCUCACCAGAGCAUCAAGGUUCAACCACCACACAGCAUACAUUAUGCAGUUUGACAAGAAUUUGGCUUUGCUAGAUGAAAACUGUCUUAAAUCUUCCCAACUGGCUACCACCAUCCAGGAGUUUGAGCAGACUUCCACUAGCGGAGGCCAGAGUUUGAAGCACCAACUCCUGAAGGUCGUCCAGCGCAUCUUCCAGUAUCAUGUGCUCUUCACAGAUUACUUGAAUAAUCUUUGUCCAGACUCAGCAGAGUAUGAAGGCACACAAGCUGCUUUGGUCAUUGUCUCCGAAGUUGCAGACAGAGCCAACGACAGCAUGGAGCAGGGGGAAAACUUGCAGAAGUUGGUACACAUUGAACACAGUGUCAGGGGGCAGAGCAAUCUCCUCCAGCCAGGAAGGGAAUUCCUGAAAGAAGGCACUCUGAUGAAAGUGACCGGGAAGAACCGACACCCUCGGCAUUUGUUCUUGAUGAACGAUGUCCUCCUCUACACAUAUCCCCAGAAGGAUGGCAAAUACCGGCUGAAGAACACGUUGGCGGUUUCCGGCAUGAGGGUCAGUCGCCCUGUGAUGGAAAAAGUCCAAUACGUGCUGAAGAUUGAGUCUGCGGAGGGCUGCCUGACCCUUUCCGCCAGCUCCUGUUCCGAAAGAGAUGAGUGGUACAGCUGUAUCAGCAGAGCUCUACCAGAUGACUACAAAAUCCACACCCUGGCCGCCUUCCACAACAGCGUCGAGAUUAGGGAAAGGCUGGGGAUCUGCCUGGGGGAGAGGCCCCCAACCUUGGUACCCGUGUCCCAUGUCAUGAUGUGUAUGAACUGUGGCUGCGAUUUCUCCCUCACCUUGAGGCGUCAUCACUGUCAUGCGUGUGGGAAGAUUGUGUGUCGGAACUGCUCGAGAAACAAGUACCCUCUGAAGUACCUCAAGGACCGUCUGGCCAAAGUUUGUGAUGGUUGUUAUGCAGAACUGAAGAAACGAGGGGGGGAUGUCCCAAUUCUGCUAAGAGAACGGCCAGUAAGCAUGAGUUUCCCUAUGUCUUCAUCCAGGUUUUCAGGCAGUGCCUUCUCCUCCGUCUUCCACAGCAUUCACCCCUCAACCUUCAAGAAACAAAAGAAAAUCCCUUCAGCUCUUUUGGAGGUGGCAGCGUCAGGAGAAGGCUCUGCAAUCAGCGGAUAUCUCAGCCGGUGUAAAAAAGGCAAGAGGCAUUGGAAGAAGCUCUGGUUUGUCAUCAAAGGCAAAGUCCUCUACACCUACAUGGCGAGUGAGGAUAAAGUAGCCACAGAGAGUAUGCCUCUUUUGGGUUUCACCAUUUCCCCAGAAAAAGAGGAAGGAAGCAGCGAAGUAGGACCAAUUUUUCAUCUUUACCACAAGCAAACUCUAUUUUAUAGCUUCAAAGCGGAAGAUUCCAAUUCAGCGCAGAGGUGGAUUGAAGCUAUGGAAGAAGCAACUGUAUUAUAGCAGUUAUUGCUCAAGUGGACUCAGAAAUAAACUCUGAUUUAUAUACAUUCCCAACAGACACUUUGUAUUUCCAGAAGCAGAGCAGUGUAUUUCAAUCCGUCCGGAUGUACGCACUGGAUUAAAAUUGACUCUGGAUCUCUUUCUUUCUCUCUCUCCUCCCUCUCUUUUUCUUCCAACCCCUUUGCUCCACAGUUUCACAAGUGGAAAAUUUAAUAUAAGGAAUAUUUAUGGCUUUCUCCUUUAUGUCUAUGUGUUUGUGUAUGUGUGUGUGUGUGUGUGUGUACGUGUUUUCAACCUGUACUAUAACCUAUUCCCAUAUCUAACAGUAAGUUAAGUUUUAAUAUCUUGAAGACUUGGAAAGUAAGUUGAUAUACAAUAUUAUUUUGAAACACCAGCCAGAUACAUUAACAAGAGUAGUACUGGACAUUUAGUAGAAAACAGGCCUUUAAUUUUACUUCAUGUAAACACUGUCAACUUUCAUUGGGUUGAUUUUGGUGCCUCCGCUAUUCUCAUUUAAAGCACUUUAUUGUUUUUCUGACCUACAGUCUCCUGUUUCAUGUUUUCCAAGUAAUUUACUUAAGUAAAUGACAGACGGAGUCCCGUGGACUAAUUUACCACCAGUACUGCCGCAAGUACUAGCAAAAGUAAAUUGCUUUUCCGGGCAGUGAGUGAAUAAAAGCAUGUAGUGCCCAGUAUAUACAGUAGGUUAUCUGUACUUCAGUGGCAAGGAAUUGGGACCGUUUCUCUCCCCCAAUUUAUGUUAAGUGUAUAAUUGUCUAAUUUAUUGAAUGAGAGAAUCCAUCCUUUCCACUUGAGUACUUAGCAUUGCACUAGCCCUGAAAACUCAAAUGUUGGCUAACGCUGCCUCCCUAAAGAUUAUGUCCAAGCCGCUGAGGAAUUGAAAGGAUUUUUUUAAUUUAUUUUCUAUCUUUCUACAGUUUACAUUUGAUGCCACUCUCAUGGUUAGCGUUGAUUAUAUUUAAUAGAAUCCAUACUUACUUUAGAGAUCCUAAUCCUACAGCUUUACUACUGUAGUCUAGUUUAUUGUUUUAAAGAGAGAAAAGAGAGAGAAAGAAAAACAUCAAAAGGUCAAUUCAUUUUGAGGGAGCCAAAAGCACUUGUCUGAGGAUGUUGCUUCUGAACGAACUUCUGUGGCUAAAUGCAUUUUAUUCUGACUGCUGGUGUUCAUUAGGCUUUACAAUUUUUAUAUAAAGCAGAAUGGGGGGUGGGGAGGGAAGUUCAUGUUAUACUCACUGCAAUAAAAACAGUCUUGUGUGUUAACUUUUAAUACUUGUCCAGAAACGACGACGACGAAAAGGCAUUUACAGAUAAACCUUUAUAUGAAAGACCAGUACUUACAAUACACAUCUUCAGGGGACAGCUUUCUUUUCUAAUUUGCAUUUAUUCCUUAAAAGAUUUGCAUUAAAAGUUGAAUUACUGAUUCCAAUAUGACUGGUUAAAAAUGUUUUGUUUUUUUUUUUGAAGGUACCAAACUCAUAUGAUAUCAUUUAUGGGUGGAUCAUUUGAUCAAUUUAUUUCAAUAUUAAAGCUAAAUGGUUUAAGAA